AUGACCAGCCCUGAAGACGAGCCUUUGUUUUCUUCUCAGACGUCUGGCAAACCACGGCCAAGGUUGGUGUAUAUCACUACCUGGUGCAUGUACGAUAAGAUUUCCUUGCCCUCAAGUUAUCUCCUCGAUUGGCCCGCCACACGUAUAUCUGACACGGAAAGGACCGACCUCUUUCCUCGCUUUCGUCAGGAGUUGGUCUUCGUAGUCUUCUCUUUUGGUGGCCCUCGUACCGUUCAUCGACUGGUCAAACGAAUACCUGUGAGGGACAUGGCGUCUGAUCCUGUGGCGCAGCAUCAACCUCGCUUCACACGUCCACCGCAAAGGAUCAAGAAAUUCCCGGUUUUCACUUGUGCAGAGCAAACAAGUGUUCUCACGAAGGCAAUGGUCAAUGCCGUACCAGAGAACGGUCGUCGGAAGAGGCGAUUUCGCCAGGUCUUCAUUUUGGUGACCCUCGUACCCGUUCACCCGCUGGUCAAACAACCCCGCGACAGACCUAGCGUCAAAUUUUGUGACAGGAGCUGGAGACGUCUCGAGAUGCACCUGAUGUUACUGCUUGACCGCGUAAUGGAGCGCGGUGGCGUGCGCAUGAAGUCUUCUCGCGAAUCUCAGGACCGCAUGGUAACGAGGUGGUCUGGACGGACACUGUACCUCUAA